CAUCCUCUCCCACCCUUGGGAUGUAGUACUUUUUGGGAUCUCUGAGCUCAUUCCACUGUGUUCAAUGCUGAUCUGCACAUGCGCUAGGCUCGAAUCUCACAUAAUCUCUACCACUAAAAUUACUUCAUGAAAUAUCGUUCAAACUUCGAACAGGUAAGUUCUCGUUUAAUCUACACAUUUCAUUUCGUAAUUCGUGGUAGAGAUUAUUGUGAGAUCUUAAAAGCAUGUGAGGUCAUUCCACUAAAAAACACAAAACAAAGAACCCGACCACACACAGGUAAGUUCUCGUUUAAUCUACACAUUUUCUAUGUUCAAAUCUAAAUCAACAUUUAAAAAUUUUGUUAGCCUUUGAUGUGUUCCAUUGUGUUUUCUGUACAUUCAGACAGAGUUUAUGUGCUAACCAUUUGUUAACAUUUACUAAAUCAUUAUUAAUUUUCAUUAACACUUCAUUUGGAAGAUGCAAAGUAAAGAGCUGUAUCAUCUGCAUACAUACUAAUUUGUACACUAUUUACAUGCUUUGGUAGAUCAUUCACAUAUAAUGUAAAUAACAGAGGACACAAAAUUGAUUGACAGUUUAGGUGGCCUAAACUGUCUAGCCUCCUUUGUUCAUAUCUGACAAUUUGUUAAUUCACUUCAAAUAAACAGUUUGUAAGCUGGAUAGUAUGCUGUAAAAUAUGCUUGAUUGAGAGCUUUUCGGGCCUAAGAAAAUAAUAGUAAAAGUUCACCUUUUGUUCUCUAAAAAUCUUGAAGUAGAGCCAUAAUCUUGAAGUAGAGUAAAUACUUAUCAAAUUACCAGAGCACUAUUGAUCAAAAAGACUUCCAAGUUGGAAAUAUUAGAUGAAAUACUAAGAACAAAAACCUGACAUGUUGUCUGUCCUUCAUAAGAUGUUUCUUUCGACUACAAUGACCAAUGAGUCAGAAGAACAUUGUCUGUUUGAUCUCUAGUCUAGGGCUAGGCCCAUGUUCACGGGAUGAGGCUAUGCAAAAAUUUUCAAGUUUUCCAUUUGUUUCUUUCACUCCAUUUCAAAUGUAACGGGUCAAUACUGUGACAUUUAUUAAGGAAAUAUUUACCAAGGCUUUUCGCAGUUCAGGUUGUGAGCCGUAGCAGUUUGUGCAGAUAUACAAUCUACAGUCUAUGUUCUAUUGUUUCACCGUCGCAGAGAGACAUCGAAACUUCUUGCGGUUUUUCUGGUUCAGGAACAAUGACUACGAUGAGCCGCUCAUAGAGUACCGAAUGCGGAAGCAUGUGUUUGGCAAUAGUCCCUCCCCAGCCGUGGCAAACUUCGGAUUAAGGGAUGUAGUGAAGCAUGCAGAAGAAGACGUAAAGGAAUUUGUUAAUUAUAGUUUCUAUGUGGACGACGGUUUAAUCUCAUGCAACGACCUGGAAUCUGCAAUAUCCUUGAUGAAGAGAACCAAGACAGCACUGAUCCAAAAGGCCAAUAUUAACCUACACAAGAUUGCUUCUAACUCGCAAAUGGUACUGGACGCCUUUCCAAUGGAAGAUAAAAUUAAGGAAGUGAGAGACCUGAACGUGAAUAAAGACAACGUACUACUACAUAGGACAUUAGGCGUGCAGUGGCGCUUGAGUGAUGAUAUGUUGACCUUCGACGUUAAUAUAGAAGAUAAGCCUUAUACCAAAAGAGGAGUUUUGGCUACGAUCAAUGGCGUGUUUGACCCCUUGGGAUUUGUAGCUCCUAUCAUGAUACAGGCAAGGGUUCUCUUUCGCAACAUGAUAACUGCAACAUCAGGCUGGGACGAGGAGUUGCCAGUCGGUUACCAGCGCUCAUGGAAGUCAUGGAAGGAUGGGUUAAACAAGCUAACAAUGCUGUCCGUACCACGUGCGUAUCCACUCAACAUAGACAAACCGGUUCGUUUAUAUGUAUUGUGCGACGAUUCGGAAUUAGCGGUUGCCGCGGUAGCUUAUUUGAUGAACAAAGACGACACAACAGGGCAAGCCAGUUUUGUGUUUGGGAAGUCUAAAUUGGCACUGAAGGCUGGUCACACCAUCCCCAGAUUGGAACUCUGUGCAGCUGUGUUGGCUACAAAGAUUACUCAAGUAGUUUGUAUGGAGAUUGACAUACCAUCUUCUGAGGUUAUAUACCACUCCGACAGUAAAGUGGUCCUCGGCUAUCUGAAUAACACUACUAGACGGUUCCAUACAUAUGUAGCGAAUCGUGUGUAGAAGAUCCUUCAAUUCUCAGAAAAUAUGUUCUGAUAACGUACCCUCUGUCUUCUAGACGACAGAAAAUCAAUUAUCCAAGGUAUGAUUUCAGGCCUAGUUCCCAAGGAUAACAGAUAGUUUACAGCAACAGUAUGAUCGAUAUGAUCGAAGGCUUUAGAAAAGUCGGUAAGUACAAGUGUUCCUAUGGAAGAGCCUGAAUCACAUGACUUAUAUAAUAAAUCUAACAUUUCGAUUAAAUAAUGAGUAGCUGAUGUCCCUUUGAGACAUCCAAAUUGAAAAGGAUUAAGAUUUGAAUGGAUAUCACUAAGGAGCCAUUCGUAAAUAUAUUCCUCAGCAAUCUUGGCGAACCUUGAGGUCAGUGAUAUUGGUCUGAGUUUGUCAAUUGUAGCUGGUGUUUCCUUCAGAAGAGGGACAACUGUUGCGUCUUUCCAUGGUGAAGGUACAAUGCCUGCCUUAAACGACGAAUUCAAGAUGUCAGUAAAAGUGUGUACAAGAAAGUGCAUGAGUUUGGGCUGCAGAGGAAUUACGAUUCAUAUGAUGCUGGGACCUGAAUGGUUAUUUAGAGAUUUAUGGCACUGCCACUAUUAUCGCUGAAGCAUACUGUAUACCUGCGGUUAUUUAAGACAUCAUGCAGAACGCCGGAAAUUCUCCACCAAUAACAAGACUCAAGUUUUGGAUUACAGUAAACCUGGAUCGUGGGAACUGUCUUCAAGCCGCCAGACUGGACAUGAUUAACGCAUAAGGACUAAUAAUGACCCAGAAGCUUGGCAUUACCACCUACAGUACUCUAAACCAUCAGGACGAGGAGAUAAGAUAUUUCUUAGAUAAUUUCAAAACUACCAUUUGUCUACUAUAAAACUACAUUUUCGAGAAAAAAUGAUAAUGUCGUAACCUAUUUAUAUGUUAAUUGAUAUGGAAGCAUGAAUGAAGAUUACAAAAGAACUAAACAAUUUAAAAUUGUUAGACACCACUGUUGUUUGUCUAAGAAUGCUACUAUGAAAAUGAGUUCGCCUAGUGCCUUAAGUUGAACUUGACACCCAUAUUGACUUUAAAAAUACAAAUG